AUGAUCUAUAUUGAUGAUAUUGUGGUCACUGGUUCCAACUCCUCUCAAGUCCAAACCACCAUUCAACUCCUAGGUGAUAGGUUCUCCAUUAAAGACCUUAGUCCCUUGCAUUUCUUUCUUGGAGUCGAAGUUCUACGAAAUGCACAUAGUUUAAUUCUCACUCAAAUUGGCUUUAUUGCUGAUCUCCUAGAAAAGUUUAGCAUGCUAAACUCCAACAGUGUUGGCACGCCGAUGUCAGUCGGCGAAGCACUCUCACUGAAUGAUAAUUCCACACCUGCUGAUGCCAAACUAUACAUUUGGCAGCACUGGCAGGCUACAAAACGACUUCUGCGCUACCUAAAGGGCACUAUCACAUAUGGUCUCCAUUUUUAUCCUAGUAGCUCACUCAAACUUCAAGCAUACUCAGAUGUUGAUUGGGAUGGACUUACCGAUACGCGGCAUUCGACUUCAGCUUAUGUUAUCCUUCUUGGAAACAAUCCCAUAAGUUGGUGCUCCAAAAACCAACGGACAGUUGCUAGAUCCUCCACAAAAGCUGAAUAUAGAGCUGUUGCUUCAGUUGUUGUUGAGCUUAAUUGGAUAACCAGCUUGCUGAAGGAUCUUCACAUCCCAAUAUCCAGUUCUCCUGUGGUGUUUUGUGACAACAUUGGUGCUACUUACCUUAGUCGCAACCCAGUUUUUCACAGUCAUAUGAAGCAUGUAGCUAUCGAUUUUCACUUUGUUCGAGAUCUAUUAGAACGCAAUAAGCUAUCUGUUAAUCACAUACCCACUGGCGAUCAACUUUCUGAUGCCUAA